ACACAGCCUGUGUCAGGGGAGGCUAAGGGUGCCGCCUAAAAGCGUGCCGACUUAUUGGAUGCGUGUUGUUGCUAGGGGCGUGGGUUGUGCCGUGAAAUAUUCUACUUUGCUCAAACCUGAAAGCGAUCAAUUUUAUAAGACAGCGAUCGUCCCUGCUGGACGAGAGAUGCGCCGAGAGCCGCCUGCUCCAGCCGGAUGGGAAACUGUGCCGCAGUGGGGCAUAAUCUGAUAAGCGCUUAGAUCCAUCCUGCACUCCGCUCCAGGACACAGGACACCAGUGUGGAGAGAAUGAAAAGUACGUGCGGAUAAUUAAAGGGACAAUGCAGAGAAGCUGAGGGCGCACUUUGUGGAACUUAUUCAGAUUUUCACUGGGAACACCUGCCAUAUAUUUGCAUCAACCAGAGCCCGAGACACCGAGUCUUUACAGGGGAUGACAGCUGCGCACUUGGUCGUCCCGCGAUGUGUCUGUCGGGGAGGAGGAGGGGGGAUUAGUGCGCGGCACAGCCUAAACAUCCUGGCGUGUCCGCUGGAGGCCAGCGAUUUGUCUGCGGAACAAAUCAUGUGUUUAUAGUAUGCACUGGAGCGGGGACCUUAUGCAGUGUGGAGGAAACUGUUUUCGUUAGCUCAUAGGCUGAACUGGCAAUGACAUCAGGCUUAACUUGAAUAGCUCUGUGCUGUACUGCAGCAAGGUGGACCGGGGCGUGAUGUGGUGUCAAGGAGCAACGCACUCAUCCUCCGAUCUGGACAUUUUGUGGGGAUGCUCCGUGUCCUAAACAAAUUCAAGGCUUAAGGCCACACACCCUGAGCUGGCGAACUGCGUCACUGCAUGCGUGUGUUGCAGGUAGGCAGCAAACUCUCCCACCACCAUCACCACCACCACCACCACCGGGAGAGCAGCAUGCUCAUUGUCAUCAGCACACAAUGUCGCUGGUAAGUGUCUGACAAGUUACCAGGGAUGGAUUCGGCGGGCGAUUCAAGAAAAGAUCCGCCGCUGGGAUCCACAUUUUCCUCAGCACCUGAUUUAGACUCGGACAUUAAUGCAAAUGCCCGUAGGCCUGUGUAUGAGAAUGGGACAGACCACAACGUCAACAUCCAAAACGCAGCCCUACGAGGAGCGAGUGACCCCAGCGCGUACCCGUCCACAGACUACCAGGGGCUGAUCCGCCAGAGGUUCGUUCGGCGGAGCUUGUGGGUGUCAGACUCCGAGGAGCAGCCGGCGGACACUCCGGAGUGUAUUAACAGCAGCCCAGCGCUCACAAUCGACCUACGGACCAUCGUUGAUCGGAAUCGGACACGGGUUCGGCACGGAGCCCGGCUGGGCCUCGGGGAGACUUCGAGCACGGAAAGCCAGGUGGGGCUGAAGGACAGCGCCACAGAGAGCGUGAGCGCCGGCGAGGACAAGAGAGACAGGAGCGAAACCGAGCCAAAGGCAGAGGCUGCGCCCUCGGAUGUCACAGGUAAAGCAGGAAGUGACGAGAACGAAGAGGAACCCGGGAUGAAGGCUGUGUCCACCUCACCCGGGGGGCGCUUCCUCAAGUUUGACAUCGAACUCGGGAGAGGGUCCUUCAAGACCGUCUAUAAAGGUCUUGACACCGACACCUGGGUCGAAGUGGCGUGGUGUGAGCUCCAGGAACGGAAACUGUCCAAAGUUGAGAGGCAGAGAUUCAAAGAGGAGGCGGAGAUGUUAAAGGCUCUCCAGCACCCCAACAUCGUGCGAUUUUACGACUUCUGGGAAUCACCGGUGAAAGGGAAGAAGUGCAUCGUUCUGGUGACAGAGCUAAUGACCUCAGGGACAUUAAAAACGUAUCUGAAGCGUUUUAAGGUGAUGAAGCCUAAAGUUCUUAGGAGCUGGUGCAGGCAGAUUCUCAAAGGCCUCCACUUCCUCCACACAAGGACUCCUCCAAUCAUCCACAGAGACCUCAAGUGUGACAACAUCUUCAUCACUGGUCCUACAGGCUCUGUCAAAAUAGGAGACCUGGGCCUGGCAACACUGAAGAGGGCCUCCUUUGCUAAAAGUGUUAUUGGCACUCCAGAGUUCAUGGCCCCAGAGAUGUAUGAGGAGCACUAUGAUGAGGCUGUGGACGUGUACGCCUUUGGGAUGUGUAUGUUGGAGAUGGCCACCUCAGAAUACCCUUACUCUGAGUGUCAAAACGCUGCUCAGAUCUACCGCAAAGUCACCAGUGGGGUGAAACCUGCAAGCUACAGUAAAGUCAGUGACCCAGAAAUCAAGGAAAUAAUCGGGGAAUGUAUCUGUCACAGAUGGGAGGAAAGGUACUCCAUCAAGGACCUCCUGAAUCAUGCAUUCUUUGCAGAAGAUACAGGAGUGAGGGUGGAGCUCAAUGAGGAGGACGAUGGGAAGAAAUCAUCUAUUGCUCUGAAGCUGUGGGUUGAGGAUCCUAAAAAGCUAAAGGGGAAGUACAAGGACACUGGUGCCAUUGAGUUUACCUUUGACUUGGUGAGCGAGGUCCCAGAGGUCGUUGCCCAGGAAAUGGUGGAUUCAGGUUUUUUCCUGGACUGCGAUGUGAAGAUAGUUGGGAAGUCCAUCAGGGACCGCGUGGCUCUCAUCAAAUGGAGGAGGGAGCGGACCGUCUCGUCUGGAAAUGGCGAAACAGCAGUGAAGAAGACGCCACAGAACCUGCUGCAGGUGCCUGGCACUGGUGUACCACAGGGAGCCACAUUAGCUACAACAGACUAUGAAGAUCAAGAGGUGGAGCAGCAGACCCUCAUCUGCACCGUCCCCACCACCACUUCCACCACAUCUGACACUGGAGUGGGCUCUGUCGUGCAAUUAGAUGAUUUAAACAAUCAGCAAAAUGGCACCUACCAGUCGCUGCCAGAGCCCAUUUCUACAGCUCAGAUUAUCUACAGUCCUCCUGCACAGGUUGAUCCUCAACUGCACCAGGGGCCCAACCAGCAACCCACAGCACAGGCCUCACAUGAAAACUACACACAAGCAUCCACUCAGUUGCACCAGGGAGCCUACCAGCAAACCACAGGUCAGCUGCAUCCUGGGGCCUAUCAACAGCCUACUGCACAACUGCACCAGGGGCCUUAUCAGUCUCAAACAGCAGUUUCUGCUCCAGCCACGCCAGUCCCUACUGUGCACCAGAGUAGACAGACAGCACAGAGCUUCCCAGCUGGAGCCCCCACUCUGCAGCCUCAGCUCACUGCCCAGCACAGCCAGGAGCAGUGCCAUCUCCAACCAGCUGCUGUUCUGCCCCAGCUGUUAUCUGCUGACCAGCCUGCAUCUCUUCUGAGUCCUCCUGAUAUAUCAACCACUUUUUCACAGUCAGUCUCCAGUGCUCCCCCCCCACUUCUGCCACUGCAGAUCAGCACACAGUUUCCCUCACCAUCUCCCAUUAUUCAAACAAGGGGCACCAAGCCCCCUCCCUUCCCCCUAGGUGGUCUGCCAUGUGCCUACAGCAGUAGUGGCCCUAGCUCUUACCGCUCACCUUCACCCCAGCAUCCCUCCCUUCCUCUGACCCCUCAUGCUGCUUUCCCUUCUAUACCAACUCUAAGCACCCCUCAGACCCCUCUGUCCACACCUCAGCACAUACCCAGUGUGAUACUUCCUAUUCCACUUCAUGCCAUGGUCAUGUCCCCUGCAGUGCCCCAGCAGGGUAGCCCUUUCACAUCUCAGACAAACCUUGGUAGCCUCCAUACCACCCAUCCCUUACCUUUCUGCCAGGUACAACCCACCCCAUACCCUGCCCCCUACCCUGAGCAGGAACUGGCUGAGCAGCCUGUCCAGGUACAGAUGAUUGCUCCAGAGGGGAAUUUGGGAGAUGCUCAUCUUUUGGCUCCAGUCCACCCUGUAUUGCCUGCUGUACAGAGUUCUCUUUGGAGAAGUGGAGUAGAAACUACUGCAGCUGGCUUGGACUUAACUGUAGCUCCUACAGUCCCAGCUCCAGUCCCAGCCCCAGCCUCAAUCUCAGCCUCAGCUACAGCCCAAGUAGAAACUCAAGUCCCAGCAAAAACUCCAGCUCUAGUCCCAGCACAAAACCAACCACCAGUCCCAGUAUCAACUCAAGGUGCAGCUAUGCCUGAUGCUCCAGCUUCAACCCUUGUCAAAGCCCCAACUUUAGUUCCAAUACAAGUUCCAAAAUCAGGGCAAGCUCUAGUCUCAGGUCCAGUUCAAGCACCAGUCUCUGCAUCGGGUACCACUUCUGAACCUCCAAAAAGCUCAUCUGCAAGCUCAGACAUAUCUUCUGCGUUUGGUGAACCCCAACUUUCAGUUCCAGUUGUAGCCACAGCCCCAGUCGCUGUCACGCUGCCAGCCUCAGUUCAGUCUGCAGCCCCUGCUCGUGCUCCAGCUCCUGUCGCAGCUCCAGCUCUUCAGCUUGCUGGCAUCCAGACAGCACUCUCUGUGUCUGAGUGUUCCAGCCUGGCCACAACUCAGCAAAACCUUGAGUCGACAUCUGCAUCAAGCACCCUUCAACAAGAGCCCUGUGUAGAGGAAGUGUUUCAAGACAAACCAGUAUCUUUACCCAGUUUUGCCUAUGACAGUCUCAACUCUGACGCAGCCUCAGGUAAGGAAACAAGUGACGGCUACGACAGCCUGGCGAGUGGCGGAAAAGGGGACGGGAAACCCAGAAAACAUCACCGCAAGUCCGCCCGCACACGUUCCCGGCAAGAAAAGACCAGCAAACCCAAACUGAGCAUGCUCAAUGUUUGCAACACUGGUGACAAAAUGGUCGAAUGCCAGUUGGAGACUCACAACCACAAAAUGGUGACGUUCAAAUUUGACCUGGAUGGAGAUGCUCCAGAGGAAAUUGCUACUUACAUGGUAGAAAAUGGCUUUAUCCUACUGUUGGAGAAGGAGAUCUUUAUUGACCAACUAAAGGACAUUGUGGAUAAAGCUGAAGACAUGCUGAAUGAAGACAUGGAGGGUGAAAGAGCCUCCACCUUGAGUUGUAGUCCUCAACAAGGCCAAAUUUCUGAAGGGCUGGUGGGAGAGAGUCAGCAGUCUGGAGCACCUCAGCCUGUCUAUCAGCAGAAUGUUCUUCACACAGGAAAGAGAUGGUUCAUAAUCUGCCCUGUAGAGGAGACACCAGCAUCCAGUCAGGAGAUCCCAUCUGAUGGCGCGACUACGCAGUCUCCUGGGAGUUCAGCUGCUACCCAGACUGCUGACAGUGGCACUGCAAGGCCUUCUGCAUCCAGAGAAGAGGGGUCAUCCUCCACAAUGUCUGGUGGAAGCGGAGGCUUCACCUAUGAUGUGUAUGGAUUCUGUAGCCCUCCGAUAAUGUCCAACACAGACCCUCUCCUUUUAGCUACUCUGUCUCCUCCUGUGUCUGCUCCCCCGACUCUUCAGUCAGUGUCAUCAGUGGAGCCUGCGGGCGGCUUGGUGCCUCCCGGUGUUCAUCAGGCCCAGCCAGCCAGAGCUCAGACUUUGCCCCCAUCGUCCCCACAUACAUCUUUCCCAGUUGAUGAAUCACAAGGAUCCCCUCUGGGUUCCAUCUCGCCAAUCCAUGCAGCUCAGCCAAUGCCCGAUAUGACGUGUCCAGUUUCUGUGGCUGAAGAGGUGCCCUGCUGCCCUCUGGUCAUGCCCCUCUCUCUAGAUGUGAGUGGUGUACAGGGGGGGUCUCCUCUCACUCCUCUUCCACUCAAGGAGCCAAGUUCAGCCAAAGAACCAGCCAGUGGUGUUUCUUAUGGCUCUGCAGCAAGGACCGAGCGCCCACAGCAGCCUGUGGUGCUCCACCAGCCUUUCUCCAGUGUGGGAGGAACCAAGGUACCCUCAAUACCCCAGAGUCCAGCACCUUCCCAGCAUGGUGCAGGGCUUGGUGAGACAGAUGGCGAAGGACGGCUGGGCCGUGGAGGCUUUGUGGACAGCACCAUAAAAACACUGGAUGAGAAAUUAAGGAAUUUGCUCUACCAGGAAUAUGCUCCAAUGUAUCCGUCAGGCAGUGCCGCAGAGACGCCAGGCUCUGGCACAGAGUACAUCCAGUCUCCUCCUGGUCCAGACAGCGCUACAGGAGGGUCAGGAAACAGCACUCCAGGGCCAAUGGGGGAGGGACGCUACAGGGCAGGAGAACAGCUGCCUCAAAUUCCAGAGAGAAUGGAUAGUUUGAGCACACUGAGUGACUCAGCCGUGUGUGCGUCCCUGUCAAGAAGACACUUUCCCCACUCUGCUUCUUGCUCUGGAACAAGAGGCCGAUUUAAGAUAAUCUCUGUUCCUCCUGAAGUGGCCAACAGACGAGAUGUUAAGCAAAGGAGCUGGAGCAGCGCUGCCUCACCAGCACAUCCAGCAGGAUACAGUAUGGACCAGGCUGAGGCCAUGACUGCCUCCACCACAAUUGGCCGUUUCUCUGUGGUGAGCACUGAAGAUGAGAUUACACAGAGGACACGUUGCAGCCGCUACUCUGCCCCACCUGAUUUCUACCUGGACACACCUCCUUCCAUGGCCAAGCGGGGCUCCGUGCCUCGAGCCCUGACCUCGCCAUCAGUCCCAGUGGAUGUCACGGUCCAUGCUCGUUUCCUCUCCUCAGACUCGGGGGCUGAGAGCAGCCCUGCAAAGCUGGCUCCAGCCACCCCUUCUCAACGUACUCGCUCGGAGCGCAGAGGAAGUGACCUCAUGAAGAGGGCGGUGGCCUUCCUGCGUCGCUCAGGGCGCAGCAGCAGCGUGCAGAGCUCUGACUCUCCAAGUAGGCAUGGAGGCGUGCAUGGCUCGGCCUAUGCCAGCAGCGAUAAUGACUCAGAGAUGGAGGAUUCGGACAUGAAGAGGGAGCUACAGAGGCUCAGGGAGAAACAUCUGAGGGAGAUUUCUGAGCUGCAGGCCAACCAACGGGGGGAAGUGGAGCUCCUGUAUCGCAGACUUGGCAAAGCCCCACCUCCUGGCCUGGGUCUCUCACACACUGCACCACAUGCUGGCCGUAGAAAAAGGUCCAGCAAGCACAGACUGAAGCCUGGCAAACUCCUCAGCCCCUUGGUUCAACAGUUUAGAAAUGUCACAGCCAAGAGUGGUGACAACAGCAGAUCCAGUGCUGGUACUGGUACAGGUGAGCCCACAGUGAGUUUAAAUGGCUCUCCAGGCAAAGGGUCUUUCCCCACUCACAGCAGGGCUCGGUCAUGCACCAGCCACCUUCCCAGCUCGACCUCAGGGCCCGUGCAGACUCAGCAGCCCUGUUCCCUCAAGGGCUCUUUGUCUUCUGAUAAUAUUUACGCUGGACUACAUGGAGAUGGCACCGGCACACAAGCUCCACUCGGACAAGGCUGGUCUAAUUACCCUCAAACAUCUGAGAGAGUGACCUAUAAAUCGAGUAGCAAGCCACGAGCUAGAUUUCUCAGUGGGCCUGUGUCUUUGUCUAUCUGGUCAACACUAAAGCGACUGUGUCUCGGCAAAGAGCGUGGCGGCAGGUCUGGAGCUGGCCCAGGGGCUUUCAGUCAAUCCCAGCAGCCGCCUGCCAGUGCCACACCUCCUUCUCAUCAGCCAGUGAUGGGAUUGGCUCAAGCUCAGGCCAAUAACAGCAACAAUAAGACAGCCACAUACACUAGCACGUCCGUUAAUGCCAACGAAAACAACCUGCCGGAAGACUUGCAACGGCUGAUGGAUGACUGGGCCCAGGAGGUGCUUAUUGUCACCCAAAGGCCGCGCACGAACUCUCUGAGCAUCAGGGGGCAGCAGCUUUGGGAUCCGUUUGUGCCUCAAACACAUGGACAAAUGGCUCGUGCUUCAGAUGUGUUUUCAUGGACAGCCCCAGGUCUAGAUUCCUGCAGUCUUCCCCUGUCGUGGCCUGACAGCUCCAUGUCAACGGUGAUGACCAGCCCCUCCACAGGGCCCCAUCCCAGCGAUCAGCCACACUCUGCUGCUCCAUUCAGGGCUUUGUCCUCACCAUCUAUUAGCCAGUGGCCAGGGUUUCUCUUCCCACUUCCUGCAGGUGUCUUUGCCUUUCCUGCUGUGCCCACAGCCCAGGAGGCCCCUGACCCCAAUCCAGCUCCAUCUUAUCAGCCCCCUGACCCCAAAGCCAGGACUCUCUAAUUUGAGUAGCAUAGUGUCUUCCAAUUCUGUUACCAAAAAGAAAACUCACUAUAGGUCUAGUCAAUCUUAUGUGCAUAUACUGUAUAUAUUUAAUCAGCAUGAAUUUAACCAUAUGUACAUACUCGUCCCCAUUCUUGAGUUUUGUUAUUUGCUUAAUUUGUAUCGACAUACCUCAUGUCCAUAUUGCAGUACAUCCUCGAGGGCAGUGUAAUGGUAGUAGUACAUUAAAAGAUGUACAAUUAGCCCUAUCAGGGUUAAAAUUGAAGAUUUUGUCAUUGCUUAUGUAUGCACCUUACCACUCACUGAGUGUGCAUAAUGUACUGUUCAUUCAUGUUGUGUUUAUAUAAAUAUUUCAUGUUUGUGUUGCUCAUA